CUGCUCUGCUGCCAACGGUUCAGAUCAUCGCUGAGCGCUGUGGUGAGUGGAGUGGAUUCAUCCUUUAACCAACAAGGGUGCUCGUGUUGCAAAACGUUACCGAAAGCGCCUGUGUUUCGUUCGUCCUUUUCGGUAGAGCUGUGGGGUUAGGGUGUGGUGUGUGUGUGUGCAAGCGUGCGUGUGUUUGUGGAGGUGCAGAAGAGUCCUUCGGUCCGGUGCAUAUCCGGGAAACGGUUCGGCUAUGUUCGGGUUUCCGACCCGACGGAAGGAAGCGCGUGCGGAUUGCAUUCCACCCAGUCGGUAACGUUCCACCCAGUCAGUUCUCCCACCCCUCCCUGUUUUCCUCUGUGCGUUGUGUGUGUGUCAGUGUGGUGGUGCGUCGUCGUGUAUGGCAAGCAUCUUUCACUCGAGUGCGCGUUCCAUUCGGUGGUGUAAAAUUGGUGCCAGCAUCUCGCUACAAUUAAAACAAACGGUUAACUGAGCAAAUACUCACACUCGCCGAGCAAGCUUAAAAAAAAGAAACGAAACAACGAACUGAACAACUGAACACAACAAAACGCACCCGCCGGCACGAAUGAUGAGCGCUCGACGAAGUCUCGACGAUGGCCACCGGAAACGGAUGGUGGCCACCCUGGUCGAAACCUGCAUCCCCCAGCAGCAACGCACGAACUCGCUGGACCUCGAAGUGUUUUGUCGCUUCCGCAGGCUCCACAUCGCCGGUGGUGGUCGCUCACGUGCCGAAGGAUGGUGCAGCUCGUACGACGAGCAGGCUGCACAAUUUAUGGCCCACCUGCCAUCCGCUUCCAUUGUAAGGGGCGGCUGUGGUUAAAAGCGCUCUGCACCUUCCUGCUACCCCCUAUUGCUGGGCUUCAAAAUUCUCCCGCAAGCCAUGUUUUUCGGGGCGUUUGCUGUACUGCUGCGAACGUGUCAAAAGCAGUAGCCGAGAUGCAGCAACAAACUUCUUCACAUGCCCGGACCCCCAUUCCCCCAAGAUGGUGUGUGGAGUCUUGAUUUUGUCCGAGGUUUCGGGUCACAGUCAACGGGAAGGGAUUUUCGGUCAUCGAGAAUGAUGUUGUGGUUGGCAGAAGGGUGGCUAGUCUACGCCCCCGGUACCCUAACGUGACCCCACCAGCAACAGCUAGCAGCGCAAGAGCAAAGGGAAAAUCAGCAUUUCUGUGUGGGCCUCGAUGCCAUCCGACACCACCACCAACAUCAUCGUCGUCGCCACCAUCGUCGCCCUGUCCGUCAACCGGAAGACCCAAAAAGGAAGCAGCCACGGUCACGUUCGCAACUAAAAGUAAGAGUUGCUGAUCUUUUAAUUUCACAUCAUAAAGCAAACAAGUCACGUCUCCUCGGUCUAUGAGAGGAAGAGUCACCGUGUGUCUUGGUUGGGUCUUUUCGGUGAAGAAUUUGUGUACGGAGCGGUACGGCACGGCAGUAUGCGAUUUAUGUUGGGCGCCUCAAGAACGCGGCGAGUGCAAAGAUGCGUAAGACUAGGCCACACAAAAUGGAAACUUUUCCGACCCGAUCUCACAGCCCCCCUCCACUGGAAUGCUGUGCUACAGUUCUACGCAUUCGUCGAGCGGAAAAAUGGGAAAGAUACUCGGAAGAAAUAUUCGUUUCCUUUCCGACGAUGUAAAGAUGUCGUUGCAUGGCAUCCGGCCCUGCCCGGACUGCCCGCACCCUCCCCAUGCGCUUUUCCAGUGAUAAUGGCACGGUUCUUCGCUUGACCUCCGGCCUCCAAGACAACGACGCACCACUUGCGUCCAACAUUUGCAGUCGGCCCGGCAAGCGCCGCCAACUUUUAAAUAGCUUGGUGAAUCAAACGAUGACUGACCUGGAUGCGGGACAAGUCCGCCGGAUACUGCACGAGGCGCUAGAUCUCUGGUCACAGCAUGCCAACAUCAACUUCCGCGAGGUGUACAGUACCGACGCGGACAUACAGGUACUGUUUGCCCGCAAAUACCACGGCGACGGGUACAACUUUGACGGGCGGGGCAAGAUUCUUGCCCACGCGUUCUACCCCGGCACGGGCAUUGGAGGCGAUGCCCAUUUCGAUGCGGACGAGAAUUGGCUGCUCAAUGAACCGCUCGAUGCAGAAGGCACGCGACUUUUCGAUGUGGCGGUACACGAGUUUGGCCAUUCGCUCGGGCUGGGGCACUCCUCGCAGCAGGAUGCGAUCAUGUUUCCGUGGCAUCACAUUUCGUACCGCGGCAAGGACACGAUCCCGGAAGACGAUCGGCUCGGCAUCCAGUCGAUCUACGGUCCACGGAAGAAGAUUUACGGCAAAAACCCGGAACGUCACACACCAUCCACGACCACCACGACCACCACUACUACGCCAGCGCCACCACCGCGGCCAACCACGCGUUCUUACUAUCCCGUAAAGAACACUACCGGUCACCCGUGGCAGGCUCUGUAUCCCCAUGGCCGGCCUUAUACGAUUCGCCCGACAACGACUACCACAACAACUAGGCGCACUCACUAUCGCGACGAGGAGGACCGAUACCCGACGCGACAUCAUCACACAACGACAACCACGGUCCGUCACCGGCCUCACCAUCCACAUCAUCAUCGAACGACGGUUGGCCCUGCUGCUACCACCACCACCACCACGACGACGCGCCGGCCACCGUACCAGCGUCCGGUACUGAUCCAUCCGAAUCCGUGCAAUACCAGCUUCGAUGCGAUCACGAUGAUCCGUAACGAGCUGUUCAUCUUCAAGGAUCGGUGGCUGUGGCGAAUGAACGAGAACGAUCUGCACCGGCCCAAUCCGUUCGAAAUCCACCGUAUGUUCUUCGGUCUGCCGACAGACUUUGAGCGUAUCGAUACGGUGUACGAGAACAAGCAUCAGAAGAUUAUCUUCUUCAUCGGCAAGCAAUACUACGUGUUCAACUCGCAGUACCUCGAACCGGGGUACCCGAAACCACUGACCGAUCUGGGACUUCCGGACAACAUCGAACGGAUCGAUGCGGCACUCGUGUGGAGUCACAACAAUCGUACCUAUCUGUACAGUGGUCGGCUCUAUUGGAGAUUCGAUGAAGACACGAAUCGCGUAGAGCUGGAUUACCCGCGCGACAUGUCCAUGUGGAAGGGUAUCGGGUAUAACAUCGACUCCGCCUUCCAGUACCGUGACGGCAGAACCUACUUCUUCAAGGGACUCGGCUUCUGGCGCUUCAACGACAUGCGGAUGAGCAUCGCGCACAAGUCCCAGAAGUCGUCCGCCACGGAGUGGAUGAAGUGCAAGCACGAGCGACAGAUGCUGAACGAACUAGACGUGGACAAUGAAACACCGUCCAACGAGCCGACGAAGGACCAGUCGAACCCACGAGGCACGAGCAGAGCGGCGACCAGCUGGAGUGAUGGUGAAAGCAGAAUACAGCUGCUACUGUCGUGCACCCUGAUCACGAUGGCGCUGUCAUUCUUCUCCAAACAGUACGCUUAAGUAGUGCGAGGUGGCACCUACUAUCCAAUUUCAACUUAAAAUUUGGCUUGCUUUAGGAAAGCUUUCCCCGGCUUACCACACCAAACCGAUCUGGAGUUUAUCUUUAAUUUAGGAAUUUUGCAAAUCAAUCCUUAGCAGGGGUAAUAAUAGCUCCAUCGACGUUCACAGACUGUUCAGUCGCGACUAUACCGCCAUACUCGGUAGGUGCCACACACACACACACACAGUCGCUCUAUCUAUAGGACUAUUGUAGGUUUUUCCUUAACAUAAUAUACGAAACACAACUUCCUGGCUGAACCUGGUGCUUUGCCCAGAUUUCUCACCCUAUGGCCUCUGCCGGUAGAACAUAAACGUGAUCCUUUAGGAUAGUAACAAGUAAGCUAGACAGUAUAGAACUGCGAAUCUCUGAUAGAAUUUUCGAUCUUCAGAUCUUCAGAUUCUCAGCAUAGAACUGUGAAUCCUCUGAACGUGCAUAACGUGCAACUGACUCAAUCACAAUGAAGCCUAAAGUAAUCGAAACUCCUCUGUCAGGGUGGGUAGCUGAGCUGGAUUUUUAAAUGAAAGCCAGUACAUGCGGCUAGGAAAUAAAUCGACCAGAACAAUCCGAUUGUCCUUA